GCCGCCUUCUGUACCAGCAACGCAAAGGAUCGGAGGCUACUCCAUCCAGGGCAGCAAGCUGACUCUGAACAUUGGAGUAGAGCAAGGUGCUUGUUCAGAAGUGUGAAUUGCAUGGAGAUGGGAAUGACUCCUGAAGUAAUGUAUGGACAAAAUGUUUUUGUUCCUACUACUGCAAAUCCGUACCAAUAUGGUUAUGCAGAAGUUGGAUCACCGAUGGAAUGGUAUAACCACCCGAGCUCUUUAGGAUAUGAUGGCCAAGAUAUUUACUAUCCGGCUGAAGGCAUGCAAUGCGUAUACUAUGCUGCCCCAGACAGUGGAUCUAUGCAUCCUACCUACAGUCCUUACCCUUCUGAUCCUUCUUUCGUACCCGACGGCCCAUUUAUGCCUCAGGAGUAUGUUGCUGACCCUGCUAACUCCACAUGCCAAAUAGCCCCGACAUCCUAUUACAUUCCAGCUGUUCUUCCUUAUGCACAAGAUGGUGUCCCGGGAAGCGCAACCACACCUCUUCACUCCUCCAAUGUUGCAUUUCUUCCUGGAAUACCAGGUUAUGCUGCAACAUCUGCGAAUGCAGCAUUUCCUUUAAUUGCUCCCGUUACCACAAAAAGCGACAUUGUUAUGCAUCCACCUGUACACUCUUCUAUUGUACCUUCAAAGCAGUUCCAGGACCAUGCAAAGCUGCCAAAGGUUCAACUGCACAAUUCGGUUCCACAGAAGCAAGAGCUGCCAGAUAGAUGCAUGGUGCCUGCUAAACUCCCUCAUACUUCUCAGGUAUCGGCACAUUUGUCUGGAAACAAUUGCCUUGGAUGUGCUGCUGGAUCUGAUCUUCAGAAGUGGGCUGCCUUGAGAAAUUCCAGCCAUCUUCAAAGUCAAGUGGUCAAUGGUAGUGGGCACUUCUGUGGCAUGGCUGAGAUGGUUGGACCUGUUGAUUUUCACAAGGACAUGGACUUCUGGUGUCAGGAUAAAUGGACCGGAUGCUUUCCUGUGAGAUGGCAUGUCGUUAAAGAUAUACAAAAUUGUUCUUUGCAGCAUAUCACACUGCAGAAUAAUGAAAACAAGCCUGUGACACACAGCAGAGAUACACAGGAAAUACCAUACCUUCCUGGAAUAUCUAUGAUCGAGAUCUUCAAAGGCAUCAAAGCGAGCAGCGUGCUGGUAGACAGAACAUCUGAGAUACAAAAUGUGGCCGAGAAGCCGCAUGAUGCUAAGGCGAUCAUCAAACCUCAGGAACCGUGCGUCUGUGAAAAGCAGGCCAGUGAGGCUGAGAAAGAGAAUGGAGUGCAGAGGGAAACAGCAGUACUGGAAGAAGGUGAAAAUCCAAAGCAGCAUGCAGACAGCGGUGCUGCCCAGGGCUCACUGAAAGCACCUGAAAAGCGGCUAAAUGGAGUUAGCGGCACUGCGAGUGCAGUUCCAGAGGGUGGUGAGGAGCAGAGGGUCUUUGCCAAACUUGGUUCUCUCAAGAUCAGUUCCAAGGCAGUGGAGGCUGACCAUAAAACUAGCACAGUUGGUGUGGAGAAGCGGCUAAAUGGAGUCAGCGGCUCUGCGAGUGCAGUUCCACAGGGUGGCGUGGAGCAGAGGGUCACUGCCAAACUUAGUUCCCUCAAAAUCGGUUCCAAGGCAGUGGAGGCUGACCGUAAGACUAACACAGUUGGUGUGGUGACAAUCGGCUCGAUGCCGGUCCGGGUUGACAGUUGUGACGUCUAG